UAUGAUUGUAUGCAACACCAUUUGCAGCUUUCUUGGUUAGAUUUGUAGUUUACUGAAGAUUUACCGAAGAUAUAGAUUAUAUUGACUUUUUAAAUAAAUUCAGUAAAAUUAAUUACCAUGUAUGAUGAUUAUAAUGAGUAUGAUGCAUACGAUGAUUAUGGACCACCAGAUGUUCAUAAUGAUCAAUAUGAUAGAUUAACUUAUCGUCAAGUGCCAGAAGUUGUACGAAAUUUUCUGGUAUUUUUACGAAAUUGUAUAAAUGAAGGAAUGAUUUUUGAUAUACAAAAUUUAUACGAAACCUCAUUUCCAAAAAUUUCGGAACAAUUAUUUGAUAAGUCUUCCUGGCCAGAUGCACAAGCAAUUGCACACAUAGUUGAUAAUGAUCCAGUAUUCCUCACAUUAUAUAAAGAGCUAUAUUAUCGUCACAUUUAUGCUCGAAUGCAAGGACCAACAUUAGAACAACGUAUUGGUUCUUUUUAUAAUUACUGUGAUCUGUUUAAUUAUAUUUUACAUCCAAAUACACCUGUUCAACUAGAGUUACCUGAUCAAUGGUUGUGGGAACUUAUUGAUGAAUUUGUUUAUCAGUUUCAAUCUUUUGCACAAUAUCGUGCUAUCUUGUCAAAUAAAACACCUGAAGAAAUUGAAAAUUUAAACACACAUAAUAAGAUAUGGGAUGUACUAUGUGUUUUAAACGUUUUACAUUAUUUAGUUGACAAAUCAAAAAUCAAGAGCCAAUUAGAAGUAUAUGCAAGUGGUGGAGAUCCAGAUUCUGUAGCCGGUGUAUUUGGAAGACAUUCUUUGUAUAAAAUGCUUGGGUAUUUUUCUCUCGUAGGAUUGUUACGUUUACAUUCCCUUUUGGGAGAUUAUUACCAAGCUAUUAAAGUAUUAGAAAAUGUUGAACUUUAUAAAAAAAGUGCAUACUCUCAUGUUCCUGGUUGUCAAAUAUCAACAGCGUAUUAUGUUGGUUUUGCUUAUAUGAUGAUGCGUAGAUAUGCAGAUGCAAUAAGAACAUUUUCUGGCAUUCUAUUAUAUAUUCAAAGAACAAAGCAAUUAUUUGCAACAAGAAGCUUCCAGAAUGACCAAAUAAAUAAACAAACAGAACAAAUGUACCACUUAUUAGCAAUUUGUCUUGUUCUUCAUCCACAAUGCAUAGAUGAAGGAUUACAACAAGCAUUACGAGAUAAAAAUUAUCAUGAAAAAAUGUAUAAGAUGCAAUAUGGAGAUCUUGUUGAAUUUGAAUCAUGCUUUCUAUUUUCAUGUCCAAAAUUUUUGUCUCUUACACCACCAAAUCCUGAUAAUCCAACUGAAGAUUAUGUUCGAGAAGCAAUCAAACACCAAACACAAGUUUUUAUGGAUGAAGUUGUUCAACAAAAGAUGUUACCAACAAUUCGUUCAUAUUUAAAAUUGUAUACUACUUUACCAUUAAGUAAACUAGCUACAUUUAUGUGUAGUAAUACAAGGCCUGAUGAAAGUUGGGAUUUAGAUAAAGAAGUUAGUGCAUUAACUAUUCAUUUACUGUGUUUUAAACAUAAAAUGAAAAAUAUUGUAUGGACAAAAGGUGCAUCAGGUUUAGAUGGCAAAUUUCAAUCUGGAUCUGAAUUGGAUUUUUACAUCGAUCAUGAUAUGAUUCAUAUUGCUGAUACAAAGGUAGCACACCGUUAUGGUGACUUUUUUAUUCGAAAAAUAUUAAAAUUUGAAGAAUUAAACCGCAAAUUACAUCAUAUUAAAAUUUAGUUAUCA